ACAUCACUCGCGCAAAGCAGGAGGGAGCGCACACACACACACACACACACACACACUUGGACAGUUGCGCUUCCCUCGUGAAAACAAUGGCAAACCAUGGUCUGUUUUGAAAAGGCAACCACAGGCAGCGAGCAGCGAGGCAUUCAGCGAGCUGGCAUUGUAUUUAGAGGCUUUUCUGCUCUGCAUCGCUUUAGUCGUGUAUUGAUUUUAAUGCACAUGUGCGUGCAGAUUCUAUUUAGCUUUAUUUAAAAAUGUGCACGACGCUCUCUGCCAGCUCACACAUUCAGUGCAUGUGUGGCUAGCUCGUCACUGCUGCCUUUUCACUGUUCGGGGCUCCAGCCACUAGCUCCUUUUUUUUCACCCUGCUAGUAAGCUAGCGCUAGCUCGGUGGCUUGUAUUUACUUGAGAAUAAGUAAAAAUAAAUACGAAUGUAGCGCAUAUCAUUUUUACUAUCGGGUCGGAACAGCGGAUAGUAAGUCUACCACACAAUCGUUACUAUCGAGUACAUAAGCGAGUCUUGUAUGGUUUGUGGUAGAAAAUACUUUGCUGGCUAGCGGACUGGCUAGCUAUUUGUGCGCAUUAUUCGACUGAGGAAAACUGCGAGUUUUCUUUUGAAAGUAUGGAUGAUCAAACGAGGAUGAUGUCGGGUCUGGCCGGACUCGGUGGACUAUCGCAGGCCGACGUGGGCGACCCAGACGGGGUUCGAAAGUCACUCGGUCAGCCUCAACAAGACAUUGGGGAUAUUCUUCAGCAAAUAAUGGCCAUCACCGACGAGAGCCUGGACGAGGCGCAGGCCAGGAAGCAUGCCCUGAACUGUCACAGGAUGAAGCCGGCGCUCUUCAGUGUUCUGUGCGAGAUCAAAGAAAAGACUGUGCUGAGCAUCCGCGGCGUGCAGGAGGAAGACCCCCCGGACCCCCAGAUCAUGCGCCUGGACAACAUGCUGCUGGCGGAGGGCGUGUCCGGCCCGGAGAAGGGCGGGGGCUCGGCGGCGGCGGCUGCGGCGGCGGCGGCGGCGGGCGGCUCGCCGAACGACGGCAGCAUCGAGCACUCGGACUACCGGGCCAAGCUGGCGCAGAUCCGGCAGAUCUACCACUCGGAGCUGGAGAAAUACGAGCAGGCGUGCAGUGAGUUCACCAACCACGUGAUGAACCUGCUGCGGGAGCAGUCGCGCACGCGGCCCAUCUCGCCCAAGGAGAUCGAGCGCAUGGUGGCCAUCAUCCACCGCAAGUUCAGCUCCAUCCAGAUGCAGCUGAAGCAGAGCACCUGCGAGGCCGUCAUGAUCCUGCGCUCUCGCUUCCUCGACGCCAGGCGCAAGCGGCGCAACUUCAACAAGCAGGCGACGGAGGUGCUGAACGAGUACUUCUACUCCCACCUGUCCAACCCGUACCCCAGCGAGGAGGCCAAGGAAGAGCUGGCCAAGAAGUGUGCCAUCACCGUCUCUCAGGUCUCUAAUUGGUUCGGCAACAAGAGAAUACGCUACAAGAAGAACAUUGGUAAGUUCCAGGAGGAAGCAAAUCUCUACGCAGUUAAAACGGCGGUGGACGCCGCCAGUGUGUCGGCGCAGGCUAGCCAGGCUAACUCUCCGGCGACGCCCAACUCAGGUGGAUACCCUGCACCGUGCUACACACCUGACGGCAGGCUAUGAGGAGCUGUCGGCCAGCAGCCUCUUCACCAGUCAACUGGACGCUAACAGCAGCUGGCAGGACGGCGACCCCACCUCCACCUCCACCACCACCACCCUCAUCCCCCCGCAGAUCCCCUCUCCACCUGGCCCACCCUGCAGCAUCCACUCCGACACCUCCAACUGACACCCCACCUUUUGCACCCCCCCGCCCCCUUCCAGAGAGAGAGACACACACACACACACACACACACACACACACACACACACACACACACACACACACACACACACACACACACACACACACACACACACUGUCCCAUUGCCACAGGACUGCCCAGCACUAGGGGGGGGAGGGGGGAGGGUUUAUUUGCCUUCCGAUACCGGGACUGUAGAUUCAGAAAUGCGGAAGCCCCCCCCC